AUGCCUCCUUCAUCUCGACACAGCUCUCACCCUUCGCAUCAUCCUCACGCCGGUGCAAGGGAUUUACACCACUCUGCUGGCGGCCCGCCUCCUCCUCAACAAGGCGGUCCUGGCAUGGCCCCUGGUCCCGGCAACGGUCCCAUGCAUCACCCUCAUUCAUCCUACGCUCAGUCCAUGCCACCGCCGCCCGGUUUGCCUCCACAUGCCAUGAACGGUGUCAACGGACCUCCUUCGGCCCACGGUGGACCUCCUCCUCGUAUGGUCAUGGCAGAUGGACCGGGCGGCGCUGGUGGUCCACCGCCCCCACCGCCGCACAUUCCUCGAUCCUCAUCCGCUCAGAGCCGCAUCAUGGAUGCCGGCGGCGCGCCUGCUGGGCCUCCUGCUUCAUCGUCUCCAGCCGUGCAGAAACUGUCUCUUGCUAACGAGGCUGCUUGGGUCGCGGUCGGUUCAGCCGCGGAAACUAUGGAGGACUACGACCGCGCUCUCUCGGCCUAUGAGGCUGCUCUUCGACACAACCCGUACUCUGUGCCUGCUCUCAGCGCCAUCGCCGGCGUCCAUCGCACCUUGGACAACUUUGAAAAAGCCGUCGACUACUUUCAGCGCGUGCUCAACAUUGUUCCCGAGAAUGGUGACACCUGGGGUUCUAUGGGCCACUGCUAUUUGAUGAUGGACGAUCUGCAGCGCGCCUACACCGCUUAUCAGCAAGCGCUUUACCACCUUCCCAACCCCAAGGAGCCCAAGCUCUGGUAUGGCAUCGGCAUCCUCUACGAUCGCUACGGUAGCCUCGAGCAUGCAGAGGAGGCUUUCGCCAGUGUUGUCCGCAUGGACCCCAACUAUGAAAAGGCCAACGAGAUCUACUUCCGUCUCGGCAUCAUCUACAAGCAGCAGAACAAAUUCCCCGCCAGUCUCGAGUGCUUCCGCUACAUCCUCGACAACCCACCGCGUCCGCUCACCGAGAUCGACAUCUGGUUCCAGAUCGGCCAUGUCUACGAGCAGCAGAAGGAGUUCAAUGCUGCAAAGGAGGCGUACGAGCGCGUCCUUGCCGAAAACCCCAAUCAUGCCAAGGUGCUGCAGCAGCUCGGAUGGCUCUACCAUCUUUCCAACGCCGGAUUCAACAACCAGGAGCGAGCCAUCCAGUUCCUUACAAAGAGUCUCGAGUCCGAUCCCAACGACGCCCAGAGCUGGUACUUACUCGGACGUGCCUACAUGGCCGGCCAAAAUUACAACAAGGCCUACGAGGCUUACCAGCAGGCCGUCUACCGCGAUGGCAAGAACCCCACCUUCUGGUGCUCGAUCGGCGUGCUCUACUACCAGAUCAACCAGUACCGCGAUGCGCUAGACGCCUACUCGCGCGCCAUCCGCCUCAACCCCUACAUUUCCGAGGUGUGGUUCGACCUCGGCAGCCUGUACGAGGCCUGUAACAACCAGAUCAGCGACGCCAUCCACGCCUACGAACGCGCAGCCGACCUCGACCCGGAUAACCCCCAGAUUCAGCAGCGCUUGCAGCUACUCCGUCAUGCCGAGGCCAAGGGUGGCGAAUUGCCCGAAGCACCCGUGCCUCAGGAUGUGCAUCCUACCGCCUACGCCAACAACAACGGCAUGGCGCCCGGUCCUCCCACGCAGAUCGGCGGCGGACCUGGUCCUUCGUAUCCUCCGCCCCUCGGCGGUCCUCAGCUCGCCGGUACUGGCGGAGCCCGCGGAGAUCUGUCCGAGCGCGACCUUCCCGGUCCCGGUCAUCUGGGUUCAUCUCAUUCGCCCCCGCCCUUCCGUGGCGCUGGCCCCCCUGGCGCAGAUGAACGAGGCUCGCGUGGCCCGCUUCCCGGUGCGCUGGCUCCCAUGGUUGGAGGUCCUGGUGGCCCCGAACCCCUCGGACGCGGUGGCUUCCCGCACUCGCGAGGCCCUUCUCCCGGUCCUCCACGCAUGGAUCCGUACGGCAGGAGGUUGGGAUCGCCACCGCGCCGCUCGCCGCCACCGCCUCUCCGCUCCGAGAUGCAUGAUGGACACGGUCCUCCGCCGCACGGACACGCUCACGGUGGCGACUUCCGUGGUCCACCACCCCUCGCAGCCAGUGGCCCUGGCGGUGGACCUCCGCCGCCCUUGGAUCACUAUGGCCGUGCCGUAGGUGGGCCCAAGAGCGAGCGCGAGCGCGAACUGGAAUGGGAGCGUGAGAGGGAACGCGAGAGAGAGAUGCAGCAGGCGGGUCGUGGCUACCCGGCCAGUGGUCGCAUCACUCCCAAGAACGAGUCAGGCUACGCACGUUCCCAGCACGGUGGCAGCGAGGCGCCUUCGCCUGCAUUUGGACGUCCCCCCGUCUACGGACGUGAGGAGGGACGCGAGUACUACAGCAACAACGGUCACACCAGCACGGGACCGGGUGGCCCACGAAGCGGCUACGAGCGAGGAGGACCUCCGCCUCCGCCUCCGCAUGGAGCUCGUCACGACGAACGAGGACCACCGCCUGCUCACUUCGAGCACGAACGCGGCGGUCCUCCUCCACCUCAUCGCCAAGCCGAAAGCCGCUACGAUCAUCCUUACGGUGAAGGUUACGACGGCCCGAUGGGCGGUGCUUCCGCACGAGGACCACCGCCUGGGCUUCGUGGACCGACUCCUGACUGGGAGCGUACGCGCUCUGGCGAACACGGUCCUCCCUCGCUCCACGACGGUGCCGAGGGCCGCAGUGCAGGAGGGUCCGCCAGCAAGUCGCGUCGAGGACCCAAGUCCAAAGAUGAGCUCGAGCCUGCCCCCGCACCUCCCUCGCCCGCUCCUUCGGCCGCUGGAAAGAAGGGCAAGGGAACUGGAUCGCGCGCUAGCUCGCCCUGGUCGGGUCGGGGCGGCGCUGCAGGUAAGAACGGUAAGGCGGCGCCUUUGGCUGGUGGUGUUGGCGGUGCUUCUGCUGGACCUGGCAGCAAGCGAUCCGCCUCCACUUCGCUUCGUUCGCGCGAAGACCACGUCGAUUCGAGGCCCAACUCGCCACUUGGAGGCGCUCGAGCGCAACGCGAGGUCUCGCCGGCCAGCUCGGAUGGUAGCAACGAGCCACUCGCUGCGCGCGCCCCAUCGUCUCGCAUGGUGGAUGAGGACUACGACGAAGGAGCUGCGGAUGCGCUGAUGGGUCUGGCUGGUGCGGCUUCUGCUUCGGCCCCUGAAAAGCGUGUCGAAAGCUCUCUGGGUAAGCGGCCGUAUGCUGAGGAGAAGGGAGCGGACGAGCCAGAGGAUUCUUACAAGCGGGCCAAGAGCGGAAGCGCUGCUGCUGUUGAAGCAGAAGUGACGAGCGGCGGAACCGGCGACGUCUCUGGCCAUGCCAAGCCUGAAGCUAUUGCGGAACAAGCAGUCGAGGAAGCUGAAAAGGAGAAUGCACCGGCAACAACAACGACAACACCACCUCCUGUUCAGGCUGAGGCGGUUUCACCCAAGGCCGACAGCAACAGCAAUGCCGCGGAGAGUUCAACGCAGCCGAUGGAUGUUGAUGUACGGGAACCGUCCAAAGGGCCGUCGGAGACGACUGCUGCAGCUUCUGCUGCUUCUGUCAAGGACUCGCCGCCUGCUGCCGAGGCAGCGCCGUCGAAUGCGUCUGAAGGCAAAUCGACGCCUGCACCCGCUGCUGUUUCGACGGGCGACCAAGCUGCGACGGAGAACAACACCAACGCUAGCAGCAACAGCAACAGCAACGCCGAUGCCAACGUCAACAGCCCAAUGAACGAAAAAGCCGCCGAAGAGGACGACAGCCGCGAGGAGGAGGAAGGUCAGAUUCACGAGGAUCCGACCGACGCUCCUUCCAAGCCGGCUGGUGAGGAGGUGGCCUAA